AUGAAUGAUACACCUGAGAAGGGACGCGCCCGAGUCGACUUCCUGCCUCUGGAGUUUGGUGCCGAUGUCAGUUUUCACUUCGAAGCAGGAUCUGACUACAGUGACAUUCGCUGUCCAGAUGUCGAGUUCAACAGGACCAGUAACGCCGAGGUGAUCGAUGCUGAGGGCAAGCAUAUCAUGGCAGGUGCCGAGUCCGCUACCCACGACAAUAAGCGCCUAAAGAUCGAGGAGGACAAGGAUCAUCACGCUGAGGUCGGCACAGUUGAAACUUCUCUCACUCCCGACAACAUGAGUGUCUACUCCAGCUCAAAUGACGACGUCUAUGAUGGUGACGGUGACGAAGAUUUGCCUAACGAUCGCGCCCGAGACAGACUUCACAAUGGACAACGGUUGAACGACCUCUAUGUCGAAAACCUGCUCUCUCUCGGCUUUGUUGUCUCAAAUCCAUUAACGCAGGUUCGGUUAUCUUUGUCGCUAGGGCAAUGCCUCUCCGUGGCGCAGCCCGGAUGA